AUUAUCAUACUGCAUUUUGGAGUUACAAGUGUAGGUGUGAGACUUUCCACUUAGCCAUACAUUCUCUAACAUUUUUUCAAGGUGACACGCGGGUAUUUGGAAAAUUUGGCGUAGCGCGUCAGUCUUACUAUGUUGGGAUGAGGACUCAAGCCUUAGAUACACAGAGAGAUCCUAACUUCAAAUGUAAAGGACAAGUAAACAAUAAGAGACGUCACAAGGCAGCAGUAGAUAACGCGGGGAAUAGUAGCAGAUUGCGGUCUCACCCAAUAGUUUCUCCUAACUCUCAUGACUCAUUGGGGCAUAUUAUUCGUCUUUCCAAUAGCCUUAAAGUACCUCGUCCACCUAGGCGACAUUUAUAUGAUAUGAUUUAUGUCGAACAUCACGCGAAUGGUGGUGGCUACGCUUUGCAUUCGUAUGCCGAUGAAUUAGUUCAUCUUACAACAGACGAGUUAAAUAUGUUGGCUCGGAAAUAUUUUAAAACACUGUUUACUGAACGAAGAAAGCGCGGCAUUCGUGUUCCUUUUUCGCACUACUGCAUUGGUGUUGUUCAUGGUGCAGCAAGACGAAUACCAGAAUUAUUAUCAUAUUUAUCUUCUGCAUAUCCCAACCUCACUGUUUCUACAAAUCCACUUGAGCAGAAGAAUGCAAAUGAAACCAUGAACCUUGUACAGUAUGUGAAAAACGUUCACAAGACUUACGCAAACGGCAUUUAUCGCUUCGGACCACUACAUGCAUUGAGCAUUGUGGGUGUUAAAGGGGAAGAACGUGGAUUUUUUGACAAGACACUUAUUGAGAUGAUUGAAGAAGACCCUUUCUUAAAAAUGGUUACACCGUGGGGCGUUUUGUCAAGUUUGAGCGGCAUGGAUCCUCGGGAAAGUAACGAUGGUCCUAUUCUGUGGGCUCGCCACGGAGAGCAGACUAUCCCAUUGUUUUCAACUUCUUUACGUAGCAAAAGACGUGUCGUUGAUGGUUGUGGCAUUACAGACCUGGUUAUAGAUCGCCGGAAAUUUAGUGGACGUCAAAUAGCAGUCCAUGAUAGAACUCCAUGUCAUGCGGACCAUGCAGAUGAUGGGCUCGCACGUCAUGCCACAGCAGCUGUUGGACUUCUCAAAGCUGUAUAUCCCCCUCGAGUUGGAGAAGAAGAUUCAUUUCCUCAUUCGUCAUCCUGUUCGUCUUCUGAAGAUGGCAAUCACGUUGCAAGUUCUUCCACGAAUCCAUAUGCUCUUAAAUUAAAUCAGCCUGCUAGAAUAGUUAAAGAUGUAGUUGUAUUUGAUCCGCGUCAUUACGCUGAUUUGAUUGAACGGUUAAGGCUAGAUAUUAUGGAGCCACCAACAAAUCAGUGUGGUUCAUUUUGGGCGGACGAUGGUGAACUGAAUCAACUGCAUUCAGAAGGCUUUCGUUAUGUCCGUUUACCUCUUCGUGAUAAUGAUAUCUAUUUUAUUCCACGCAAUGUUGUACAUCAAUUCAAGUCUGUUUCAGCUGUGGCUAGUAUAGCAUGGCAUGUUCGUUUAAAAAAUUAUUAUGAUCAAUCAGAACGUGACGACACAACUGUCUCGUCUGGAAAUAAUGAGUUUAGUGUAACUAAUCAGCAUCAGCCACAACAACAGGAGCGACCUCAGCAGUUGUGUAAUCCCGAAGAGUCAGUAUCUGAGUUAGCAGUUCCCAGUGUUAUAAAAAGUUAAUGUUAUGGAAAUGAAGUCACCUGAAGGUAUUCAUCAAUCACCUUUUCAAGUUAUUUUUGUAAUAUAUAUAUAUAACUGUUAUUACUAUUAUGACGUUCAUUACGAUUAUUGCUUAAGUAAUUGACAAAUCUUGUUACCGUUUACAUAAUAAGUAUCAUUCACACUGCUAUAAAAUAGCUUUGCAUGCAUUUACCAGUCUCUUUCUGUAAGCCCACUUUGCAACACUAACAUGUUUCAUCCCCUCAUACUAUGUACGAUGUAUUUGUUCUAUAUUUCCUUCUGUGAUUCUAUAUAGUAUCUCAUAUUUCUUGUACAAACGAUCAGGCGCCUAAAUCUCUUCAUUUACAUUAAUCUUUAGUUAAAGUGAUUAUUAUAUGGAUUUUGGUUUCACUGUUUAGCGAUUGUUUUGUAGUAAUUGAUUCUCUGCAAUUUCUAUAUUGUACUUCUUGUUCUCUUUAUAUUUUACUUUCAUCCCUUGUAUUCUUGUUUCCUAUGUUUUGCUCUUUUGUAUAAUUUUAGAAAGUAUUCUCAUGAAUUAUAUGAACUGAAUGUAAAAUAAACCGUAAAAUGUGUUUCGGAGGUUUAAGAGUUUCGGUUUUGCACUUUUGGUUUUAGCUUAACUAACAGGUGAGUUUCAUUCCAAUUUGGAUUGUUCAGAAACCAUACCAAAGAAUUCGGAAAAAUUGCUUUUUUUGGUUUGUUGAGUAGUCAAUGUGUGAAGCAUGCUGAGGAUGGAUAUUGUUGAAAAAUUAUGCUAACAGUGUGCAUGUAUCCAAUGCCUUUCAAUGGGAUUUUGUUAGUUUCAUUUAUGUUUAGUGACAUCAUGCUUUGGCUUCUUUCAUUUAGUAUUUGAUAAAUGUUGUACUCAUUUGGUGCAUAAAACUGUUCGGUUAGAUUCACUGAUUUUUUUUUCUCCUAUGAACAGUGUGGAGUUUGAUUUUCCUGGUCUCAAACACAGAAUUUGAUCAGGUUGCAUUUGUUAGCAGUUGAAUUUUGAUUAAAUAAUGGUAUAUGAUAAGUGAUAUUAACGUUUUUAUGAAAUUUGCAUUUUAAAUGUACAUAUGUAUAUAUAUGUGUAAAUUGGCAC